UGAGAUGUCAAUAAAAGCUAACAAACCAGGACUGAUGUACAGUAAAUACAGUAAGAACUGACUGCAACACAUCUUACAGUGAUCAGCACAGAUAUGUUGUACCAUAUAUUUUUGUUUUUGGUGGUUUUGGUGUUGGUAGAACGUGGAUCCUUUGCAGCUUCCCCAUUAGAAAUAGUGUCAGUAAAUGAACAGCUGGCUCACACAGAAGCUGUCAGGAAUGAUGAGACCAACCAGACCCUUGCCAGGACAAACUUUGAGCGUUUGGAGAGGCUGAGCAACAGAUCAAGAUAUGUUGCAAGGAGCUGUAAGGAAAUCAGGGAUAGAUAUAAUUUACGAGAAGAUGGAUUGUAUUACCUGACCACUGCUAAUGGCAUGGUCUAUCAGACUUUCUGUGACAUGACCACUGCCGGAGGUGGCUGGACGCUGGUGGCGAGCGUCCAUGAGAACAGCAUCUACGGAAGGUGUACAGUGGGCGAUCGCUGGUCCAGCCAGCAGGGCAACAAUGCUGCCCUGCUGGAUGGAGACGGGAACUGGUCCAACAGAAACACCUUUGGAACAGCAGAGGGUGCCACCUCGGACGAUUACAAGAAUCCAGGUUACUAUGACAUAGCAGCAGAAGACAUGUCUGUGUGGCAUGUUCCCAACAACUUCCCACUGGAGCACUGGAACCUGGCAGCCAUCCUCCGCUACCACACUGACAACCGCUUUCUCCGUCUGUACGGAGGGAACCUCUUUCAGCUCUUCAAGCAAUAUCCAGUGAGAUACAAUGUUGGCUCGUACAACAACAGAGGUCCAGCUUUUCCCAUUGUGUACGACCACGGAGACAGAGAGUCCACCAGACUAUUAUAUGGACCCAAUUCAAGAGGGGAGUUUCAACCAGGUUUCAUCACAUUCAGAGCAAUAAACAAUGAACGUGCAGCCAUGGCUAUCUGCUCCGGGGUCAAACCAGUCUCUGGCUGGAACACUGAGCACUACUGUAUAGGAGGAGGUGGAUAUUUCCACCCUGAUCAGUGUGGAGACUUCCCAUCAUUUGACUGGGACAGACUGGGAAAGGGGCAAGGCUGGAGCGCUUCCAAAGAGAUGACUGAAGCUGCUGUUUUACUGUUCUACCGCUGAGAGCAAUAUUUGAACAUGUAGUCACUGUAUAUUACACAUCAAGUCAGUCUAGUCAACAAUCCCUGUCAUAGCCAUUUAGAUGUCAGUUCAGAUUUCUUAGUAUAGUUUGUAACUACAGCAUGUUACAGAGAAUAAUCCGUAUGCUUCUGCUUUUGUGGAUGAUCAUAAGGAACAGACCUGACAUUACAAUACAAGUGUCAUUUGUAAUUAAACUGGAUGACAGCAGAUGGCGUUAGUGAACUACAUAUUCAAAUAAAACAUGGGGUUGGAAUUUU